ACAUGUACAUGCAGUUUACAGCCAAAGGUUCAACGUCCUGACAUCUUCACUCGUGAAAAUACCCUUUCAUAUUCACGGCGUUUGGCGUAACCCGGCCAGAACCAUCCAGUCAUUCAACCCCGACACUUCAAAUAACGUAUAAGUGAGAACGAGGCUGAUACGACCAAAAAGUUCACCCACCCUAUUCAUAGGGGCCUGGUCCAUUUGUCUGACCUUUUUGCAUGCAAACUGUCUGCGUUAUAGUAUUUCUGUGUACAAGGCACGUGGUAUGAGACAUUGAACUUCUUCCAGUGGACGUGUAUCGGCCAAAUUAUCUCUGAUGGCGAUCGGAAACGACUGCCCUGCAUUCAACGUCACUGUCUCUCGGGGACUAUGAACGUUAACGCUCAACUGUCAGUCAACUGUAUUGUUGUCCUCUACGCGGUGACACUGUGCCCCAACAGUGUUGACUCUUGGAACUGUGUUCAUGUGGGUCAAAUUGGGACGUUGACUUGUCACGUUGAAAAACCCCCAAAUGCAACAUUUGUGUCCACUCGUUGGCAGAAGAAUGACCAGUUCAUUGCUCAGAGAGUACAUGAACAAAUUAAGUACAUUGACAGUACAAGAUACAGUUUUCAUGAUGAGAAUUCGCUGAUGAUUAAAGAAGUGCGACGUGAAGACGAGGACGUGUAUAAUUGCUCUGUGUCGUACAUUGAUGGCGCCAGUGGACGUGUAUAUCAGAGAAGACAGUUACAACUGGUCGUAUGCGUGCUAUACAGUAUGAGCCUCGAUUAUGAAAUUACAAAACUGAACAGCUCACGUGACGGCACCUUGACAAUAUUCUCAAAUACGGCUUUCCACGUUACUUGCCACGUUGAUCUCGUCAGGCCUGGCAGUACUAUAGCUUGGUACCAUGGUGACAGUAAACUGACAGACGAUGUAGAUUUCACAAGUCAUGAUAAUAAAGACGUUAUCAAUAUGUCCAGUACUCUACGGUUUGCGUCGCUGCAGAAGAAUCACAGCGGGAUUUACUGCUGUAGAGCUCAGGAUCCCGAAAUGAUACACUUCCAGGAUAUGAAUAUUACCAUUCUUGUAAAAGAUUCACAAGAAAAAUUUACCAGCCAGUCAUCGGUAAUGACCACUAAUAAAACAGCAACGAUUACUAAUAACACAACUGUUAUAAUAAUGCAGCAAAUGAUCAAGGGCAAUACCAAUGUUAUUACGAUAGCUGUGAGUGUGGUUGCAGUCCUGGUAAUUAUAUUAAUAGUUGGAGUGAUUUGUGUUUACAAUUACCGUAGACCGAAACAGACUCACGCGUCUAUUAAAACUUCACGUGGCAGGGGAGAUUAUGCAAAUCAUCAAUACAAGGAGUUCGAUGACUAUGACGUCACUUCCGUUUAGUUGAAACUGAUGUACAGUAGUAUAGACAUAAUAAAACAUGAAGCUCGGCAUUGA